GCCCGAUGGCGUUCAGCCCCUGGCAGAUCCUGUCGCCGGUGCAGUGGGCCAAGUGGACGUGGUCGGCCGUGCGCGGCGGCGCCGCCGGAGAGGACGCCAGCCCGGGCGGGGGCGCCGAGGGCGACGCCGAGGACGACGACGACGACUCGCGGGCCGAGACCAAGUCCCAGGGCUUCAGCUCGGAUUCUGAAGGUAAUUUUGAGACCCCUGAGGCGGAAACUCCCAUCCGAUCACUUAAGGAAUCCUGUGAUUCAUCCUUGGUAUUGACAGCACCUGAGGCCAGAACCCAAGAGUCACAGGUAGCAGAAGUGGUUGAAAAAUGUUCAUCAGGUGUUUGUUCUGGAUCCUCCGAAAAUGAGAUUUCACAGCAGACUGUUGAAUCUCACUCAAUCAAGAAUUUUAAAGAGCCUGAACCUGAUGUUAGCAAAAUUUCCAUAGUGAGGCCAUUUUCAAUAGAAACCAAGAAUUGUAACGAUAUUCCAUCAGUCCUUGAAGAAAAUACAGCUUAUGGCUCUGAAACCUCAGUCUCAUGUGCAGAAUUGCCCUCUGGCCUGCAAGAAUCUAUCCAAGACAAGGGUAUGACAGAAGACACCAUGGGGGUCAUGUUGGAGGAAGCUUCUGUGGAAGCUGAUCUCAAGGCUGACAACUACCCUGAGCCUGUGACCUACAGAAGUAAGCUCAGAAAACCGAAACCUGUCUCUCUGAGGAAGAAAAUAAUUGCUUAUGAGUUGUCAGAGUCGGAAGCUGCUCUGGAGCACACAUCUCUGGUCUCUUUCAGUGCAGAAGUGGAUGGAAAAGCAAAGCCUUUGCUAGAAGGUUUCGGAAUCCAGAAUUCUUAUUCUGAGUUGCAGGAAAUAUCUAAGGUUCCCGGGAGUGAUUCAGGGCCUGAGCUGCUGGAGGAGUCACAGAGUUCACCUCUAAAGCUUGAGUUUGAUUUCGCAGAAGAUGGGGAAAACGCUGAGUCCAGGAAAGCCCUUCCAAAGAAACUUGGCAGGAAAUUGGGUAGCAAACAAACCCCCAAGGUCCAGCAAGAUGCUACCAGUAAGCCAGCAGGCACCAGAGGUACAGAACAGCCUCCAGUCCCCACAACAGAUGAGUCCCCUUUGUCCCCAGCCGGAUCGAAGCCGGAUCCUAGUCUGUGUGAUGUCCCCACCAGUGGUACCUUAGCAACAGAGUCUACAUUGCAGAACUCCCCUCCCCUCUCCUCUAAAGGAUCCUACCACUUUGAUCCAGAUAACUUUGAAUCCAUGGAUCCCUUUAAACCAGCCAUGGCUUUUCCAAGCAAUGACUUUUGCUCUCCUCCUGCUAAUCAUAGUAAUGAAAUCUUAGAGUCACCCAAGAAGGCAAAGUCGCGUUUAAUAACGACUACUGAACAAGUGAAAUUUCUCUGUUUUCUGUUGAGUGGAUGUAAGGUGAAGAAAUAUGAAACUCAGGCUCUUGCUUUGGAUGAAUGCUCUCAGGAUGAAGGAGAUGCAGUCUUCCAGACUUCAGAUAUUUCUAAUAGGGAUGGCCAUGCUACUGAUGAGGAGAAACUGGCAUCCACUUCAUCUGGUCAGAAAUCAGCGGAGCCCGAGGUGAAAGGUGAGCCAGAGGAAGACCUGGAGUACUUUGAAUGUACCAAUGUUCCUGUGUCUGCCAUAAAUCAUGCGUUUUCAUCCUCAGAAGCAGGCACAGAGAAAGAGACGUGCCAGAAGACGGGAAAAGAUGAACCUGCUUUGUCUGGACUGUCAGACUCCCUGGAGAAGGCCCCUGUGUCUGUGGGCUGCGGAGGAGAGAGCCCUCUGGAUGGGAUUUGCCUCAGUGAGUCAGAUAAGACAGCUGUGCUCACUCUGAUAAGAGAGGAGAUAAUCACUAAGGAGAUUGAAGCAAAUGAAUGGAAGAAAAAAUAUGAAGAAACCCGGCAAGAAGUUUUGGAGAUGAGGAAAAUUGUGGCUGAAUAUGAAAAGACCAUUGCCCAGAUGAUUGAAGAUGAACAAAGGACAAAUAUGACCUCCCAGAAGAGCUUCCAGCAGUUGACCAUGGAGAAAGAGCAGGCCCUGGCUGACCUUAACUCCGUAGAAAGGUCACUUUCUGAUCUCUUCAGGAGAUACGAGAACCUGAAAGGUGUUUUGGAAGGGUUUAAGAAGAAUGAAGAAGCCUUGAAAAAAUGUGCCCAGGAUUACUUAGCCAGAGUUAAACAAGAGGAGCAGCGAUACCAGGCCCUGAAAAUACAUGCAGAAGAGAAGCUUGACAAAGCCAAUGAAGAAAUUGCUCAGGUUCGAACAAAAGCAAAGGCUGAAAGUGCAGCUCUCCACGCCGGACUGCGGAAAGAGCAGAUGAAAGUGGAGUCACUGGAAAGGGCCCUUCAGCAGAAGAACCAAGAAAUCGAAGAACUGACGAAAAUCUGUGAUGAACUGAUUGCAAAGAUGGGUAAAACCGACUGAGUUUCUCCUGUUGGCUCAGCAGAUCUGCGCUUGGCUGCUUCUCAUGAUCACAGUUACCUUGCCUUAUUCAGUAAUAAUUGCCCCUUUUAGAGAAAAAAAAAAAUAGGUGGGGAGGGGGGAAAAGCACAUGUCUACUGCUGGCCGUCCUGCUUUGCUGCCACUGAAACACAGGCCUGGAAGAAACGUUGGUGUUGUAAAGUCUCAAAAGGAAGGCCGCUCUGGCCAUGCUUUUCCAUUUCCUUCCUGGGUUCUGUUAAAUGGGCUGCUCAGUUUGGGUACCCGAUUUUUCUAGCUUCCUUUUGUUUUAAGGUCAUCUUGACAUUUUGAAAUGUGAUGUGUUUAGGAUUUUGUCAGUUUGGGGUCAUCUCUGAUUUUUCUUGGUGGUCUAUUUUAUCUUUCAUUUUAUUUAAUUUUGGAAUUUGGAGUCACAUCUGGUGGCACUUGGGGGCUCGUCCUGUUUCUGUGCUCCAGAGUCAUUCCUAGAGAGCUCAGGGGUCAUGGGUCCCAAGGGCACCUGCUUGCAGAGCAUGUGCUCUACCCUUUGAACCAUUUUUAUGACCCUUUAUUUCAUCUGUAACGUUCUUUCCAUAAUAGGGACCUGAUUUGAUAUCAUUCCUGUUACUUCCAGUUUAUGAACAAGAAUGAACUCUCCAGUACCUGUUUGCACUAAUGCGUUUCUCUCUAUGCUGAAGCAUAGUCAGAUAAAGACUUCUUUACAAAAGUAAAUGUAAUAGGACCCUUUUUCAGAAUUUGAAGGGAUUCACAGUGAUUGGGGCUACCCUAGACUUGUGUCACAUUCUGAAACCACAGUCUCGGGCUCACACCUGGGUAAGACUUUCUUGCUCUUUUUCCUGAUGCCCUGUUUAGACACACUUGAGCCUCUGGAGUAUAGCACUCUGGUUUGUCCUCAGACAGACCAUGUCUGCUCUUCACAUGAGUAGCAUAAGACUCCCUCAAGAGUUAGGUUUGGCAAAUGUCUCCUGGAGCCUGGAAGUCUUCUCUGCAUCCAUUUGUUGCUACAAAAUCAACAUUUACUCUUUAUUUUUUAUUACUACCUAAUUGAAAUUUGCACAGAAAAUCUACUUGUCAAAAGUGUAAAUCUUAUUUGCAAAGGUCAUUUAAAUCCCUGAGAAGUUUUAAGGUGAAGGAAUGGUUGGAAUUUUAUGUGUAUGAUGCAUUAUUCUUCAGACCUUUCUUCUUAAAGGCAGAAAAUCCUCUCAAACUUAAGAUAAUAGUUUUUUUUAGUAAAACAAGCAGUAAAAAUCCUGUGAACCACUCCAAAACCAAGCAGCGUUUGCAUACUUUUCAACAAAGACCAUUUGAAGAUUGCAGGAGGAGUGUGGACACUAGGCCAAAUUCCUCAGCCUCUCACUGGACUUGGAUCAGAAUAGUGGGGCACAUUAAGCCCAGAAUGGAGGUUUUCCAUGUGAUGCCAGUUAAUUGCCUUCCGUUUGAUAGGUAAAACCAAAUCCAUAGAAAUGUUUUAAAUUCCUCUUUUGUCUUAAUCUUACACCGAAAAGUCUUCAUGGUGAUAUGCACUAUGUGUAGUACAAAGAAGUUUUUGUAUUUCUCUUGUAAAAUUAGUAUUGCAUGAUCUCACUUCAACAAUGAAUUGAUGAUUUAUGCCUAGUGAUGAACUUCUAGAUCUUUAAAUGAAAAACACUUUUAGCAAUGUAUUAAUUCACGUGGGUGCGAUCUUUAGCCCAGGGAGAUUAGUAAUGGCGCUUAAAGCCAGAAGUUGCAUUUGCCAAUAUGUAUUUCUCAUCAUCGGUGCUUAGGCUGUAUUUUAAAAGCCUUUUGUCUUAAUAUUAUAUAUGAAAAAAUCUAAAAAUUAUCUAUGCUUGGAUAAGUGACUGGACAAUCACUUGGCUUUGGGAGCAGUUGCUGUACUUGGGAGGGCAAGCUGUGCCUGCCAUACUCCGAGGAGAGAACAGGGGUAUCCUGUGUCGGUCACUGAUCUCCUCUGUCAGUCCUCCCUCUGCUGGAAGGAAAUUGAAUUUUGCAGAAAGAUGCGCUGCUAUAAACCUUUUUCGCUGCUGUGUUUAGUGACAUAACUAUGUUCUUUUUAUUAUACUGACCUGUGUUGCACACAAAAAGCUUAUAAAUUUCCAUUAUAAAUUUCUAUU